AUGGUUACAUGCAAGACUGUUCACCGGUGUUUAUCCCGUCUCGUCUACGCCAGCGGAGCACAAGCGGAAGCCGGGGUCACCGAUAUUGAUCUACCAAAAUUGUUUGUGGCUUGCGACUCACCCGAGUACAACUCACACGAGUACAACUCACCCGAGUACAACUCACCCGAGUACAAGUCACCCGAGUACAACUCACCCGAGUACAAGUCACCCGAGUACAACUCACCCGAGUACAACUCACCCGAGGGCGACUCACCCGAGUACAACUCACCCGAGUACCACUCACCCGAGUACAACUCACCCGAGUACAAGUCACCCGAGUACAAGUCACCCGAGUACAACUCACCCGAGUACAACUCACCCGAGUACAAGUCACCCAAGUACCACUCACCUGAGUACCACUCACCCGAGUACCACUCACCCGAGGGCAGCGGGGUCAUAAUGACAUAA